GAAGACUAAGAGGCAUACCUGUGAAACUCUAAGAAAAAUUCUAAGCUCAGGAAGACUAUUUCAGGGAAUUCUUUGAUAUCUAAAACAUUCAAGAAUACGUGGCCUCUGAGGAUAGGAGAACUCUAUAUAAAAAGAAAAGAUAGUGGUCAAGUGACAGUGGAAAAUACUAAGGGGAAACAAACAAACAAACAAAAAAGACAAAGAAACCAGAACUUUACGUCUCCUGACCACACUUGGGAAAGGCUAUCAACGUUUAAAGAUCCGUCCAGAUAACCCAGGAUAAUCUCUCCAUUUCAUGUAAGAAAAAACAACGAAGAAUUUUAUUUUUGGUAUCUGGGAUUGAGUUUGCCAGUAAACGAGCACAGUUUCCUCAGUAAAAACUGUGCCUUUGGAAACAUCCUGCCCCUUGGCAGCUCUCCAGAGUUCAGACUUGGCAGCAUCAAGGACACAGCGCAAGCAAAGAUUUUGGAGAUCAAAGAUGGGUAAAAAAGAUGCUUCCACUAUCAAACUUCCUGUUGAUCAGUACAGAAAGCAAAUUGGUAAACAGGAUUAUAAAAAAACCAAACCUAUUUUACGAGCAACCAAAUUAAAAGCAGAAGCAAAGAAAACAGCCAUAGGCAUAAAGGAAGUUGGCCUUGUACUUGCAGCUAUAUUGGCACUGCUGCUGGCUUUCUACGCCUUCUUUUGUCUCAGACUGUCCACGGAUAGUGACCUUAACCUGAACACAGACGAAGAUUAGCUAAGCUUCAAUCAAUGUAUCAAAAGGAAAUACUUUUACAAAAGUAUCUUUGGGGACCAUUACUUCCAAUACUAAAUUUGUAACAUUUUGAAUUCUUUCUUCUGGUGUUUUAAGUUUACGGAAAUAUCUUUUCAAAUAGUUGCAUAGGCUAUCAAAAACAGAACCUCACCUAGCAAUGUAGUAUAAUGUGUGCUACUGGAUACUUUCAUAAAUCUUUUUGCUCUGACAGGCGCCCUAUACUUGGUGCAUUUAGAUAAAAUGAAAAUCAGAUUCUAAAUUUUUCAGAUGUCAUAGUAAAUUUAUGUCUAUUUUUGUUCCAUAUGUAUCAUUAGUAAAAGUAUAUAUAUUCAUUUACAGAAAUAGCCAAAUCAUAUUCAGACCCUAAUAAGGAAUAAAAAGUCAAGGGAAAUUUUUUAUUUUACAAAGAAGCCCUUCUCCCUUUCCAAUGUAUUUUAUAUCAGCAGAGAGACUAUCUGCACAUACAUCUACAGUAAUCUUUUUCCUUCUUUGCCAACUGUUCAGUGCACACAUGCUCCAUCAGAAAUGGCACCUGGAUGACAGAAGCUCAAAGAGUCACAUAUGUCUCUAAAAUAGAGUUCCUUUCCUCUUGGGCCGUCUGAGCUGGUGUAAAUAGAAAGUUCAGUUGAUCUUGAUUUUAAUUAACUUAUUACUCUAUUAAUAUAAACUUGGAAUUGUAUUUUAAUUAUUUUGUUCUGGCUGCUUGCAAUAUCAGUUUGCCCCUCUUGUUAGGGAGGGAUGGAGAAAUCUGUCAUUUAAUUGUGCAGUCUUUUUCACAUAAUGAUAGUAACAAACGUCCUUUGUACUCAGAAUUGUUUUCUUACAUUGUCUUCUAAAUCUGGACAAUAUAAAGGUUGAAAAUUACUUUUUGUUCUUUCAGAGAUAAUCAAUUAGAAUUCUUUAGCGAAAAAUGAAUAAUAGAAAACAUAUGCUAAUAUUACUUUCAUAUGUAAUUGUUUAUUAUUUUUUCAACAUAUUUUGCAUUUUUUGGAUCAUAAUGACCAGUAUAUUCAAUAUUGUACUGAUAACCAGGUUUUUAAAUAUAUUUUAAAAUCACAUGAACACAUAAAACUUAGAAAAUCAGAAGAUAUCUGUCCACAGAACUGUUUUUAACUACUUGCUGCCUUAUUAUAAAGAUACGUAGAAAAUGAAUAAUUUGAAACAUUUGCACAAAAUGUUUUAUAUUAUACAUUGUAUUUAUGGAGAAUAAAUAUUAAGAUUGUUUACAUACUAUCCAAGAGAAGAAAUCUUUGGAAAAUAUCCUAGGAAUACAUAGGGCUUUAUAAGCACAGUUUCUACAAAGACAGAUAUUCUUUGCUACUUUUACAAAAAGUUGAACAUGACUGUGUAGCAUUAUGUUCUGUAGAAUUUUUUUUCAAGUAGCAUAAUUUAUUUCAUCAGUGUGAAAACAGCCGAAGGUUCCAAUAUCUUCACAGAUCACUUAUGCCAAACAUCUGAGGGCAAAAUUUAGCCAGUGUUAUUUACUAGAUUCUUCCCCUUGAACUCACAAACUCAAGAAGCAGACUACAAGUUCUUAUAUACUCACCACGGUGGACCAAUCCAAGUGGCAUUUUUAGGAAAGGUUGCAGCAUUUAAUGCCAUGUGGUAUGUCUGUGCGUGAAGUAGGAGGCAAGGGAAUAUCCAAGCUGGCAUUUUGGAUAUGAUGGGCCUUUUACUUUCGUGAGUGACAUGCCACAUGUCAAGAAAUCCUGCUUCUCCCCUACUCCCAUCAUAUGGACGUGAACAACUUUCAGUUAGUUAUUUCCCCUCCCAUAUGGUGUCAAAAACAGUUGUAUUAAAUAAAGAUUAUUUCUAGUUUUCAGUGGUAAUUUAAAUGACAGGAUAUGUAAUAAUGGCUUAUUAGGUACCUAUCCAAGUGAAAUAUAAAAGAGUUUACAAUAUUUAAAAUAGAUGAUUAUGCUCUUGGAAAUGUUUUUGAAAAAUCAUCAUCCUGAAAGAAAAAAAAAAUCUUUCUUUUCUGUUUUAAUUUUGAGGUAUUCUUUGGGAGAAAACUAUUUCAGAUAUUAAUAUAUAUUAAUUUAAAUCUAGUGUAAUUAUAGGCAAAUUUCAUGGCUUAGUCUUAUUGCUAUCCUGAGUCUACAGCCAGCUGGUCCAUUUGUGUGACUGAUCAACUUAUGAUGGCCCCAAAGAAUCAUAAAUCCCAAAGGCUAAACUCUUGGAUUUCAGGGAAUAGCAGGUAAAGUGACACAGUGUAUGUUUACACAACACUCUUUUCAUGAAAUGCAAAUUUUGCAAACUCACAUUAACUGGGAAGCAGCCAAUCCUCUGUAGGAAAAUCCCAGAUUGAAUGUCUGGUUUGGAUCUUUGAAGACAAAAAGGUGAUAUCCUGCCUGCUGUUUCAGGGGACUACACUUGUGAAUAGCGAGUGUUUGGCAAAAAUCUGACACUGGCACCCAACACCAAUUUUAGGCAUGAGUAUUUUCCCUCCAAUAAUUCCCUGCUCAGAGUAAUUCAGAAGAGAAAACCAGAAAAAUUUAUAAUGACUUUUCAAAAUGUUGCAUCCUAUUUAUUAACAUACCCUAAAAAAUAAAUUUCAACUAAUGCAGCAGACUUAAAAUAAAGUCUGUGGAAUACCGUGACUGAAGUUUGAAGAGUUGCUCAUUCUUAUUUUGCAUGCAAGUUUAUAUAGGGUAAAGAAUAUAAAUUUAUUUGAAAUGACAUACAGUAUUAUAAAAUAUAACCUCAUCUUUGUUUCUUUCAAAACAAACAAAGGAUUAUUUUAACACAAAGAUCAAGUGGGCCAUUAUUUUUAGGUGUCAAGAUACUUAAGGAUCUUCUAUUUUUCUCAAUUUUCCAUAAAGACAACAGAAGUUCUCUCACUGUCACUAAUGAUUAUAAGAUCCUGAGAGUAUGUUCUUGUUCAUUUCUAUAAUUCCAAAAAUGUAGUAAUCUGAAUAUAAAUUUAAUAAAUGCAUGUUAAAAUUUAACUUAAUGUCUUUUAGUCCUCUCAGAGUCUGGCACAAUUACUGCAUAGAGUAGAUGACCAAAAUUUUUUUGAAAUCAAUAGAUAAAGCCUAAAAAUCACAAUAUGGUCAACUCUUAGCAUUUAGCAUUUGGGUAGUAUCAGGAUGUAUGUGUUCAUCUUCAUUCUCUUUAAGAUCAAGAAAAAUGGUAUUAAGGUUUCUGUACACUAGAAACAUUGCUCUUUUCUAGAAAAUAAAACGUGCUAUUUUAUAAUCUCAGGAUUUAUUAAAAACCGUAUGACCAUACACAGUGCUUGAAUUGAAUUUAGCAUGCGACUUCGCUCCAAAUGAAAAGAGAACUUAAUUUUUAUUAUAAUGUUUAUGUGAAUACUAAAACACUAUAUUUUCCAUGCUCCAAAAUUCUAUAAUCAAUGGUAAUUCAUUAGAGUGAAUUGUGCUAUACAUAAGCUUCAGAAAUAAAGUUCUAGAAA